AUGUUUGGGAUCCAAGAUACUUUGGGAAGAGGACCGAUUCUGAAAGACAAAUCUCUGGGUUCUGAGAUGGAUUCCGUCAGGUCCUGGGUCAGAAACGUUGGGGUUGUGGAUGCAAAUGUAGCAGCACAAAGCGGCGUAGCUCUGUCCAGAGCCCACUUCGAGAAGCAGCCGCCCUCCAACUUGAGGAAAUCCAAUUUCUUUCACUUCGUUCUGGCGCUCUACGACAGACAAGGGCAGCCCGUGGAAAUAGAGAGGACGGCUUUUGUGGACUUUGUAGAAAACGAUAAAGAGCAAGGCAACGAAAAGACCAACAACGGCACGCAUUACAAACUGCAGCUCCUGUACAGCAACGGUGUCAGGACUGAACAGGAUCUGUAUGUCAGACUCAUUGAUUCCGUCACCAAGCAGCCCAUAACUUACGAAGGACAGAACAAGAACCCUGAGAUGUGCAGAGUGCUGCUCACCCAUGAAGUCAUGUGCAGUCGGUGCUGCGAGAAGAAGAGUUGUGGCAACAGAAACGAGACUCCAUCGGACCCCGUGAUCAUCGACAGAUUCUUCUUAAAAUUUUUUCUCAAGUGCAAUCAGAAUUGUUUGAAAACAGCAGGAAACCCCCGAGAUAUGAGGCGGUUCCAGGUUGUGCUAUCCACAACAGUGAAUGUUGAUGGGCACGUGCUGGCAGUGUCUGACAACAUGUUUGUUCACAACAACUCCAAGCAUGGACGGAGAGCAAGGAGACUCGACCCCUCUGAAGGGUUUACACCCAGCAUGUUAAAUCCCUUAUCUGACGCUCUGCUCUCCUUUUGGUUUUGUUCAGCCACACCUUGUAUCAAAGCAAUCAGCCCAAGCGAAGGGUGGACAACAGGAGGAGCAAUGGUGAUCAUUAUUGGAGACAACUUCUUUGAUGGGCUUCAAGUAGUGUUUGGAACCAUGCUUGUGUGGAGUGAGCUUAUCACACCUCAUGCCAUUCGAGUUCAGACGCCUCCACGUCACAUUCCCGGAGUGGUUGAAGUGACAUUAUCAUACAAAUCCAAACAGUUUUGCAAAGGCGCCCCAGGCAGGUUUAUUUACACAGCUUUAAAUGAACCUACUAUAGAUUACGGUUUCCAAAGACUGCAAAAAGUCAUCCCAAGACAUCCUGGGGACCCUGAAAGAUUAGCUAAGGAAAUGCUGUUGAAACGAGCUGCUGACCUAGUUGAAGCACUGUACGGAACGCCGCAUAACAACCAGGACAUCAUUCUGAAACGAGCUGCAGACAUCGCAGAAGCUCUCUACAGCGUACCGCGGAAUCCCGCGCAGAUCCCUGCGCUGUCGAGCUCCCCGGCGCACAGCAGCAUGAUGGGCAUUAACUCCUACGGCAGCCAGCUGGGGGUCAGCAUCUCAGAGUCAACACAGGGAAACAACCAAGUAGGUUACAUUCGUAACACAAGCAGCAUCUCACCCCGCGGUUACUCAUCCAGUUCCACACCUCAACAGUCCAAUUACAGCACUUCCAGCAACAGCAUGAACGGCUACAGCAACGUCCCCAUGUCAAACCUGGGUGUUCCAGGCUCCCCCGGUUUCAUUAACGGCUCUCCAACAGGAUCCCCUUAUGGAAUAAUGUCUUCAAGUCCAACAGUUGGCUCCUCCAGCACUUCUUCCAUCCUUCCAUUCUCCUCUUCCGUCUUUCCUGCUGUCAAACAGAAGAGUGCCUUUGCUCCCGUCAUCAGACCCCAAGGGUCUCCUUCUCCUGCCUGCUCCAGUGGCAAUGGAAAUGGGUUUAGAGCCAUGACUGGUCUUGUCGUUCCCCCGAUGUAAGGAAGAGGCAGCUUUGCUCCUCUCCCUCUUCCCUUUUUUCCUCUUUUUUUUUCAUUUUUCUUUUACAGCACAAAACUACUUAUUGUGAUGGACCACUAAAAAGAAAAAAAAAAUAAAUAGCACUACAAGCUCUUUUUGGGGGGAAAGCCAGGCCCAGGAAAUAAAAGGAACAUUUUUUAUGGAUUGGACAAGACAGAAGGCUGCAUCUUUUACCUGUUUGAUAUUUCUGACACAACCACGUCAACUCCUAGAACACUGCGAACGAAGAAUCAGCCAUGAGCCAGAGGACAAACAACAGUUGGCAGAAUGGGAUCAGAAAUGCAAAGUCUUGAAAGACACGAAACCUUCCUAAGAUUUGUAAAAUAUUAAAAGGAAAAAGAAAUUGGCAAAAAUGAUUCAAGCUUGAUAUUUUGGAUACAAUUUGUUUUACUUUGUAGGGGAAAAAAGUUGAAGUUUCUAUUUUAUAUGGAGCCUUUCAGAUAUCAAUUUAGUUUAUGCAGGGAAAAAAUAAAAAAAAUAAUUAAAAAAAAAAAAAAAAA